CCGGUGACCUUUUUCUCUUUCGUUAAAACAAAAAAAAAAAACUCACAACUUUUCCCCCCACAGAAAAGUUGGCAAGGAGUGAAUGAGCGGUGCGUCUCUCCGUGACUGCGGAACUGAAAGAUGGAAGUAAAUGUCCCUGGGCUGGCGGCAAUCGUGAUAUUUUAUAUUUUCAUUCUGGCCACCGGGAUCUGGGCUUCUAGAAAAUCCAAGGAACAAGAGAAAAAUGGCGGGGUCAGCAAGAGCGAGGUCACCAUAGUUGGGGGCCGCAACAUCAGUGUUCUGGUGGGGGUGUUCACCAUGGCAGCCACCUGGGUGGGAGGAGGUUUCAUCAUGGCCACUGCUGAGGCUGUUUAUACUCCUUCUAAAGGUCUUAUAUGGGCCAUGGGGCCUCCUGCAUAUGCCAUCAACUUCCUUCUGGCGGGAUUGUUUUUUGCCAAACCCAUGAGAUCGAAACGGUACAUGACCAUGUUGGACCCAUUUCAGCAUUGCUAUGGCAACCCAUUCACCACAGCACUGCUGUUUCCUGCACUGCUCAGCGAUAUCUUGUGGGUGUCCUGCAUCCUCACCGCUCUGGGAGGGACAAUAAGUGUGAUUGUAGGACUGUCCUCCACCGUCUCCAUUGUCAUCUCUGCUGCUGUGUCCAUAAUCUACACACUAAUGGGGGGUCUGUACUCAGUUGCCUACACUGAUGUCCUCCAGCUUUCCUUUGUCUUCAUUGGCCUGUGGCUCUGCAUCCCGUUCUUAGUUGUCAAUCCGGUCAUUGACCUCACACACACAACCUUCCUGAACCAAUCAAAUGAUAGACCAUGGCUAGGUGAACUGAAGCUGGAGGACGCAGGGAAAUGGACAGAUGAGAUGCUCCUAUUGUCUCUAGGUGGGCUGGCCUACCAGGCUUUACACCAGCGUAUCCUCUCUGCAGCCUCCUCUGCUCAGGCUCAGGUCACCUGCUUUGCUGCCGCCGGGGUAGUCUUACUUGCAGGAAUUCCUUCAGUUGUCAUUGGAGUAGUGACUGCCGCUACAGACUGGAACCAGACAGCAUAUGGCCUACCUCCCCCCUAUGAACGCGGGGACGCAGGGAAGAUCCUGCCGCUGGCCCUGCAGUAUCUCACACCCUUAUGGGUCUCCGUGUUGGGCAUUGGCUCUGUAGCUGCAGCAGUCAUGUCGUCUGUGGACUCUGUGCUGCUAUCCUCGGCAUCCAUGUUUACCCAGAACAUAUACAAGAGCACUUUGAGGAAGCAGGCUUCUGAGCAAGAGCUGCAGUGGGUGAUCCGGGUUAGUGUGUUGCUGGUAGGUCUGGCUGGCACAGGCCUGGCAUUUGUUGGCGACAGUGUGCUCGCCUACUGGUUGUUGAGCGGGGACCUCCUCUUCUGUGUCGUCUUCCCCCAAGUCAUCUGCGUGCUUUACUGCAGCUAUGCUAACAGCUACGGCGCCAUCACCGGCUACAUUGCAGGGCUGCUGUUGCGUUUGCUGAGUGGAGAACCGCUGCUGGGGAUCCCUCCCGUGAUCCUGUACCCUGGCUGGAAGGAGGAAGGUGGGAUAAUGAUCCAAAGCUUCCCCUUCAGGACUCUGGCUAUGCUGGUCUCUCUGCUUUGUAUCCCUACAGGGUCCUGGCUGGCAGAGCUGGGCUUCUCUCAGCGCCUACUGCCUCACUCCUGGGACCUGCUGGGGAUAUUCAGGGAGAAACAGGGGGUGACAGAGGAGCAGGAAACUCAGGAUACAUAUGUACUUCAUACGCGCUUGUAGGAUUAAAUUAAGCACCGUUUUACCGAAACACAUGCACGCUUUCUGUUCUUGCACUUUUCUCUUCUCCAUCUAGUAUCAGUAUGGGAGCACAAAGGAACAGGGUCAUGCGCACAUGCACAAAGAGUUAUCCCGAUAUGCGUGAACUGGUGGGCCUAAAAAGUACCCUAAUUCACAGUGGUGCAGACCUGUGGGUGAAGCGUAGGUGCUUCUCCACUACUAAUGAAUUGAUUGACUAAUAUCCUUGUUAUCCUAAUUUACUGUAACAUGGAUAAAAAAAACCAAACAUAUUCUGUCGCCAUCAGCUCCUGUGAUAUGUCCCAGACUAUUCGAACCUAACUCAUAUGAUCGUGAUAGUAAGUUAUUCUACGAGACACUUUUGGAAUAUUAGGAGGAGACAGAGGAGAGCACUGGAGAAAAUUUUGUGGAUAUUCUCAGGGAAAUUGACCGUCUCUUAAGUAUUAUCAGUGUGCACAAUUUUGACUUUUUUAAAAAAAAUUUUUUUACAAUGAUUCUUUUGACCUAAUAUGAGAUAUUUUGUGAUUAAGACGACAAUGUAAAAUAUAAACUUUGCAUUUGA